AGCCAUUCUGGAGCAAGGCAGAAAACUUCUCAGGAUCAAACUGCCAGCAUUUCUCGAAGCCAUUUCGCCAGCGCGCGCAGCCUUCCCCUGAUCCCUUAACAUGCCGACGCAGCGCAGGCUGCUCAGCAGAGCUUUCGCCCUGAUCCUGGCCGCGGUUGCUUGCCGCCUUGCCUCCCGCGGCGGUGCGGGCUCUGCCUUCGCCCCCUCCGCUUCCACAGCAGCGCCAUCUGCAUGGGCUGUGGAGGACCGUGCUGUCGCGGAGCGCAGCGUCGGCCUGCGCCUGACGCGCAUCCCGCGCUCGGCCGUGCAGGAGCGCGAGAAGGGGGCACCCUCCCCCGUGGCCGAGCGGCCCCAGAGGCAGCUCCACAAGCCUGCGGACGAGGACGCCUGGCGCAUCGGCGACGACGUGGCCGGUGCCACCGUGGUCUCGGACGCGCAGCUCCUGCAGCAGCAGCACGGCGCCGCGACUGAGUGGACGGUGGAGUCGCCGAUCACCUUCCGCUACAGGGUGCGCGAGAGCCUCGGCGUCCUCGACCCGUCCAGCACCGACCUCCUCUUCGGCUUCCUCGACGGCGACGUCGAGAUGCUCGCCCGCGCGCUGUCGCGCGCCGUCAAGCGCGUCGUCGUCGUGGACGACAACGUGUUCGCGAUCUACGGCGACAAGAUCAAGGCUUACCUCGAGCACCACAACGUCGAGCACCGGCUGCUCGUGCUGCCGACAAACGAGGAGCACAAGGACAUGGACAUGGUGCUCAAGAUCGCCGAGGCCAUCCACGACCUUGGCAUCGACCGCCGCCUCGACCCCGUUAUCGCCAUCGGAGGAGGCGUGUGCAUGGACAUCGUCGGCUUCGCUGCCUCCAUCUACCGCCGUCGCACGCCGUACAUCCGCGUGCCGACGACUGUGAUGGGGUACGUUGACGCGAGCAUCGGUGCGAAGACUGGCGUCAACUUCGUCGGCCACAAGAACAAGCUCGGCGCCUACCUGCCGCCGGCGCUCACGCUGCUGGACCGCUCCUUCCUCGGCUCCCUCGACCAGCGACAGCUCUCCAACGGUGCUGCCGAGAUCCUCAAGAUGGCGCUGGUCAAGGAAGGCGAGCUGUACGAGCUGCUCGCCAACCAUGGCGAGGAGCUGAUCGACGGCAAGUUCCAGGACGCCGACGCCGGCGGCUCCGUCGCCUCGGCUCGCGUGCUCAACCUCGCCAUCCAGACGAUGCUCGAGGAGCUGGCGCCCAACCUGUGGGAGGACUCCCUCGAGCGGCUCGUCGACUUCGGGCACGUCUUCUCGAUGGAGCUCGAGAUGUCGGUGCUGCACGACGAAAAGCUCUUCCACGGGGAGGCCGUCGCGAUCGACAUGGUCUUCUCGUCGGUCCUCGCCCACGUGCGCGGCCACAUCAGCAUGCCGUACCUCAAGUCCAUCAUCGCGACCGCGCGCGGCCUCAAGCUGCCCGUCUACCACGAGAGAAUGGACUCCGCGCAGGUGGCCUUCUCGCUCAAGGAGCGGAUCAAGUUCUCGCAGGGCCAAAAGAUCCCGCUGCCCAUCGGCCACGGCGUCGCGCGCCUCUUUAACGACAUCACCCAAGAGCAGAUGGACGAGGCUUUGGCCCUCUGGAAGCAGCUCUGCGCCUGAGACGGCGAGUUGCGGUUGGCGGUGGAGGGAGAAACUUUAGCGUUGUGCUGUGACGGGUGUGGAGACAUGAGGAGGCCACUGCGCGCGGUGUGCGCUCAGUGCAUCACGUGUUGUGCGCAGAAUGUGUUAUGCGCAGAUGACUAGGAGGAGGAUCGGGAGGAUUGCGACACUUGGCCACCCUCCAUAUGAGCGGCGCAAAAAACGGGGUCGUUCGCGCCGACAUUGGCGCGUAAGCUCCUCGCGUAAGGUCGCGCGUAGGCGCCCCCGCUUCCAGCGCAGCGUGCCGCGCUGGCGGCCCGCGUGGGCCACCGCGCAAGGUCGCCGUGCCAUCCCGCGUAAGACCCGUUUGUGAUCGUCGCUCGUAUACCUUGGCGCACGGUUUGUAUCUGCUGUGACCUGCCUCGGCACUUGGAGGCUUCGAGGUGCAACUUCUGUGAAUGCGCAGAGCUUUUUAAGGCAUGAUUUGCUGUCGCAGGUUUCUGUGACCUUCAAUACGACCUCCUUGCAUGGCCUCGUCGCCUUCGUCCUGAGACUGACUGACGACUUCUCCUCGUCCUCGCCUUUCUCCUCGCGGUGCUCCCCGCUCCGGCGCGGCCGGCGGCCCUCGGUUGCGAGGCGAGGCGACGGUGGACGAUGGCUUUCAGUUCCGAAGACCUUUUUCCAGUCCUGGCGAUUUUCUCAAACAUUUUCUCAACUGUUCAACGCCGAGUUGCUAGCAUUUGAGCCCCAGCUGCUGUCAGAUGCACCACCGCAUGGGUGACGGAUUCGACAAGCUUGGCGUGCUCGUGCCAACUUGUGGACGAUUUUCUGUUUCGAUUUGCUCGUGCGCCUUGCGCUCCCGAUGCAGGGCCCUAGGCGCCCGCCUUCUGGUGGCCGAGACCACUGCCGUCGCAGCGGCUGUUUGUGCCGCAGGACGGCGGUGAGGCAUUUGCUCGAGGAGUAUUAGCGUGGCGCCUUGGCUGGCAGCUGAGGUGCGAACAGAAGACGCCAGGCCUUCGCCACUGCUCCUCCUGUUUCCGCCGAUGUCGAUGUUGAUCCCUGCCCCCGUCCGGCCCUUUGUCAUUCAAAAGUUUGACGAUCCGCGCAGACGGCCC